UACCCACACGGACAAAAAUUCCUCUCACGUCCGCCGCGCACUAAGCCCACCCCUCUCUCUUGAUCGUGCCAGAGAGCGCGGUGGUGGAGCCACCGGUGGCGAGCUGUACGGACGCCGGAGCAUGGGUCAGAGAUCACGCGGUCCUCUGGCGGCGGAGCCAUUUUGGGGAUCAAGCUUGAGGCUUGAGGAGGAGCUGUUUAUCUGAUACAUCUGAAAUGUUCCGGUUCACAGCCUUGGUGCUGGGAUGAGCGGGUUUCAGAAGCAGAAGGUGCAGGGUCUUAAGAAGCCCUUCCCGGGUUGUAUGUGAAGGAUGAUUAACAUGUUAGACUUGAAUGCUGGCAUGGCUGGGACCAAGCUGCUAACUGAUAAAGCUCAUGGAGAUGUUAUUUAUAUGGAUAAAUCAUUGAGCAGGUUCUCCAGUUCGUAGUAACCAAUCAGAUGUUAAGAAAGCCAUGAAUCUGAAUGGAGUUUAUGUAGAUGACAAACAAAUUGCUUGCGAUUUGAGGAAGAGUUCUUCAAGCAAGAGAUCAGGUGGAACACCAGUAAAAGUUCUAAUGGCACAGGAGAUGUUGAAAGAAACAGAGACGAAGCGGAAGCCACCUAGUGUUGUUGCUAGGUUAAUGGGUCUUGAUGAUGAUCUGCCAGCUCAGAAACACGUAUUAGUUGCAAACAAAAGGAACUCACAAGAUGGCUAUUCAAAUACUACCUCAACAGGAUCAAUUUGGGGUUGCCAGCAGCUGGAAGAUGACUAUUUUAACAAGCCAAUGCCAUGUGAGAGUGCCAAUGGAAAGAUGGAAUGUAAGGAUGUAUACAAAGUCUGGCAACAACCAUCAAGAAUGAGCUACAUCAAGGAUCAACAUCAGCAGAAGGGAAGAUGCAACAAAGACCAAAAUGAGAAACAAAUUGCUCUUGUUCGUCAGAAAUUCAUGGAAGCUAAACGUCUAGCUACAGAUGAAAAGCUUCUUCAGUCCAAGGAGUUUCAAGAUGCCCUUGAGGUUCUGAGUUCAAACAAAGAUUUGUUCAUCAAAUUUCUUGAAGAACCAAAUUCCCUCUUCUCAAAGAAAAUUAGAAAGCUGUAUACAGUUCCUCCAGCACCACAGACAAAACGCAUUACUAUAUUAAAGCCGCUCAAAACAGUUGAGACAAAGGGUGAAAAACUGGUGAAAAGACAGCAAUACCCAACAGUUGAUGAAGGUAGAUGGGAGACAAUCAAGCCUUACUGGAGCCAUAGCUUCACCAGUUCAAACACUGAAAGCUUAUCUCAGCUGGCAAGAAUAGUGGUCUUAAAACCUGGCCCUGGAAAGCCCUAUGACAUGAAGAUGAAGGUGAACCCCCGUAUCACUUCACCUGAACUGUUCCAACAGAAUGAUGUUUAUGAAAGUUUUGGGGAUAAUGAAGCUGUAGGUUCAAGAGAAGUAGCCAAGGAGAUCACUCGGCAGAUGCGACAGAGUCUGAGUUGCCACCGGAGGGAUGAAUCUUUGUUAUCUUCAGUCCACUCAAAUGGAUAUGUUGGAGAUGAGAGCUCAUUCUAUAAAUCAGAAAAUGAGUACAUGGAAGAUGAGUGUGGUAGCAUUAGUGACUCUGAGAUCGUGACUCCAACUUCACGAUAUUCAUGGGAUUACUUUAACAGAUUUGGCAGUUGUUACUCAGCCUCAUCUUUUAGCCGGGCAUCCUGUUCAUCCGAGUCUUCGGUGAUUAGGGAAGCAAAGAAACGGCUUUCAGAGAGGUUGGCUUUGAUGGCAUCUAAGGAAACAGGUCAAGAACAAAUACAAAUGCCUGGGAGCUCGAGCACUUUGGGCGAGAUCCUUGCCAUUUCUGGGGUGAAGAAAGAAGAGGGUGGUGAUGGAGGGCUUACUGUUGCAAAUAGCAGGUCAUAUGGAGAAGAUGAAUUGCGGGCACAGGCAGCCUGCUUAUCCAUUGGUAGGACAAAAGUUGAAGAUGGGCAGUGCUCCCCCCAGACUUUAUCAAGGUCAAAAUCUGUCCCAGUCUCAUCCUCAGUUUAUGAAAACAUUGGUUUGAGUGUCAAAGCUUCUGACUCUGAGAUUCAUAAAUCUACAAUAGCAAAGGACGUUGGACAGCCUAAGAAUGGGAAAUUGUCCUUGAGGGCAAAAUUUUCUAGUUUAUUCUCUUCUAAGAGUAAGAAAGCAAGCAGAGCGAAACCUGUUCUUUCCCCCUUAGUGGGCUCUGAUCAUAUAUUCCAGUCUGGUGGUGCUGAGACAAUCAUUGAUAAAAAUGAUGAUUUAUCAAAAUCAGUUCAUAAUAGUUUAUUCAUGGAAAGUCCACCAAUAAAUUUAGAUGAAAAAUUUGCCUGUUCUGCUUCAGCAACAUCGGCCAGCAAUGGAUCUAAACAAGGUCCUUUUUCUUCUAAGGAUACUCUUUCUCCUGACGAACCCAGGACAUAUGAUAGUUUGAGUGAGAACCAGGACAAGUUCAGGUCCUCCAAAAAUUCAGGCACUAACCGUGAUCAGCCGAGCCCCACUUCAGUUCUAGAUGCUCCGUUUGAAGAUGAUGCCAAUGAUGAUGUGCCCCAGACACCCGAUAGUGCUAAUGCUGGACAACAGCAAGCAGUGUCUAGGUCUCCAGCAAUUGAAUCAGUUGCCCGUUCAUUAUCAUGGGAUGACAUCCACCAGGAAACAUCAUCACCGAAUCCCUCAAUACUCUGUAGGGCUUUGUCCAAGGCAGAUGUUGAACGUCAAGAACAACUUAUGUUUGUCCAGAAGUUAUUGUCAUCUGCGGGCCUAGAUGGUGAAAAGUCUGACAUGGUUUUUUCCAGAUGGUAUUCGGUGGACAGCCCCUUAAAUCCAAUAUUGCUCAACAAGUUCUUGGAUCGGAAAGAGGAAGAGGCCGAGUCCUGGGAGAGGAGAUCAAAUCAGAGGCUCUUGUUUGACUGUGUGAAUGCAGCAUUGUUAGAACUUGGUCAGGCCACCUUGCUGAAUGCAUACCCAUGGAAGGGUCCUUACCAUCAUCCCCAGAAGGACACUUCACCUGAUGCUCCAUGUGCUGUCGAAGUAUGGGGUCUCGUUAGGAAUUGGUUUUCAGGUGAGAGGAAGCUGGUGGCAGGCGACGACAACAGCAGUCUUAUGGUGGACAGAGUUUUGAGGAGGGAGGUAGAAGGAAGAGGAUGGGAUGAAUCAAUUAAGUCAGAAACACAGGAAAUUAGUGCAGAGAUUGGUGGGGAGAUUUUGGAGGAUGUGGUCAGAGAGGCUUUGCUGGAAUUUGCUAGUACAUGUUUGUAAUGAGUUGCCUUGCUGGUUUCUUAGCUUCUCUUGUAAUCCUUUUCUUUCCUUAUGGCCUUGGUUAAUUACUGUCCUUGUUUUCACUGGAGAAAUGAUGGCCAUUACAUUGUUCAAAUAUCCAUAUUCCCACAAGUGAUAAUGUUUGUCUAUUCUCUAA